AUGAAAUUCUCCAGAACUAGUACCGGAUCAUUCAGAUCCAAACUCUACAGCUUCCGCAAGAAGUUCCACAACCUCUUCCACCAUCACCAAGUUACUAACAAGGUUAGCAAUCAACCUCAAGAAAUGAUUGAACUGGCGCUCACCAUUGAUGCAUUUCCUCUGCCAAUGUGCAGCGACAAGCAAGCUGGAAAAGCAUUGAGUACUUCAAGUAGCCUGCAAGCUACUAUUGGCACAGCUGCAAGCGCUCUUCCAACUCUCCUUUCCCAAUGUGCAACUUUUGAGACUCCAGCUACCACCAUUGCUGUCGAGACCAAUGACAAGGAGAACACCAAUGUUACUCCAUUACUCCAUGAUUCCUUAUUUGAAAAGGCUCUCCUCGUGAUCUUUGAAUACACUGACUACCAAACUGAGUCCAAAAAAGCCAAGUCUAUGGCUACUGAGACAAAAGACGAAAAGAACGUCUGUUCAUUAGAAGCGAUCAAAUUGAAAGCUCCUCUUGAACAUUGCCAAGAUGCAUUCAAUGUGUCUUGUCCUUUAAUUGAACCCCCAGCUGCUUUUUUGAUUGUUGAACCCAAGGAAAUGGUUGCUGAUCAGGUUAUCGAAGAGGUCCCUCUUUGGCCUACUACUCCUCCUCUUCUGUUCCCUGAGUAUCUUCUCAAUUCUAGACUGAACAGUGCUGGUCUGGAGCGGAUCAUUAGUGGUGAUCUGUACCAAUCGGCUUCUUGUAUUAGUCCAGGAUUGAGCGAGUACUCCAGUGGCAGUGAGGCUUACUAUCUGGGCAAGAUUACAAGGCAAUUUCUUCGAUCCUAUCAACAUCCUAAACAGGUACGGAAACGUACUCAAACAGUUGUUAAAACAAAUACUAACUUUGAAGAGGACUUUCAAGUCCUCUACUAA